CUACACAGCAAGGAAAGGCGGCGGCGCUGGGGCGGAGGGUGGGGGGUGUCUAUGGGGCCUGGAGGGCAGAGCGCAGCCGAGCAGCAGCCCACUCCACUGGCUGCCUCCGCAGGCCAACCUCUUCUGCUGACAGGCGGUGGGUGGGUGUGAGCGUGAGUGUGCCAGGAGCUGGUGUGCAGGGGCAACGCACGCUCUCAUUGGACGCGCACACGCGCGCGCGCUGCCUGCCUGCUUGCUUUUGCUUCCUUCCUCCAGUCAAGCCGCCUGGCUGAGCCCUUCCUGCUGCUGCAGCCGUCCGCGCCUUUGCUCCACGGCCCGAUUCCCACAGCACCGGGAGCCCGAGAGUCUCUGGGCGCUCAGCCUCGCUCGGAAUCCUGCGUCGGGAAAAGCCCCUUCUUCGACGGCCCCAGCCAGCAACAUCUCUUGGAGCAGCAGAGCGGAGCGCUACUGCCGCGGGACAGCCCUCGACAGCCAGCCCCCACCCCGCCCUGUGACUGAGUUGCAGCGAUCUGGGCUGUGCGGGAUCCGUCCCCAGCAGCGGCCGCUUCAGCUGCCGGAGCAGCAGCCCUCUCGGAUCGUCUCUUCUGGGCAGGGGAGGCCACAUGAGAAGCGGUAGCUGCGCAAGGCGACCCGCCGGGAUGGGCUGAGCAGGGGAGCGAGAGGAGCCGCUUCGCUGGUGAGUGAGAGAGGAGGAGGAGAGAGCGCUGCUCUGCCGCCGCUUGGGGAGGCUGCUGGUGGUGGUGCAAUGCAACACCGCGUGGCAACUUGCAGGGCUUGGCAGACAUGCUAAGGCGGGGAGGAGCGGACGGCAAAGCAGGAGCCGGGCUUCCCAUGCCAACGAAAGGUGUCCUUUCCCCGCUGGAGGGAGCGGGCGGCAGAGGCCUGGCCUUCCCCUUCCUCCUUCCCCUUGCCUUGUUCUGCGGCAGGUAGACCCUUCAGGCGCGGCUCUGGUGAUGAGCACAACGGGCGAUCCGCCAAGUCUGCUUCGCGCCCGCUCUCCGCCCGACGUUCCGGCAAGCGCACACAGGAGCGCCGCCGCCGCCGCCAGGAUCCCGCCCGGCAGCGCCCCCUUUGCUGCGCCGAUGCUUCCUGCCUGUGCGAUUCUCUAUGACAGGAACGUGACCUCCCUUCGCUGAGUCUUACGAUGUGGUUUCAAGAUGUCUCAGUGUCCCGUCGACGUCUGGUGCCGCGUGGCGGGGGCUCAUGGCUCCUGCUGGUGCUGAGUUUUGCCGUUGCCCGGAAAGGCGGCUUGGCAUUGAAUUGCCCCAAGGACUGUGUGUGUGCCAGCAACAUCAUCAGCUGCUCGAAAGCUGACCUGAAGAGCUUCCCUGCUCACCUUCCUCGGUAUGUAGCUGUCCUGGAUUUCAGUCAUAAUAAAUUGGAGCGCCUGCGAGCGGAAUGGACCCCUUCCGGACUCUCUCAACUCCACUCUUUAUUCCUCAGCCACAACGGCCUUGUCUUCAUCUCCACCGAGGCCUUCUGCAACGUCCCCCACCUGAAGUACUUGGAUCUAUCCUCUAAUGAAAUCGAAUCCCUAGGGGAGAACAUCUUCAGCACCCUGAAGGAGCUGGAAGUUCUGCUGCUCUACAGCAACAAGAUCGCCAAGAUUGACCGCACUGCUUUUGAGGACAUGGCCAUGCUCCAGAAACUGUACCUGAGCAAUAAUUAUAUCUCCCGCUUCCCCCUGGAGCUGGUGAAAAGAGGGGAGAGCAAGCUUGCCCUGCUGGACCUCUCUGCCAACCAUAUCAGGAACUUGCAUGUCAAGGAGGUGACGGGCCUCCCAGCGUGGAUGAAGAAUGGCCUCUACAUUCACAACAACCCUCUCAACUGCAACUGUGAACUCUACACCCUCUUUACCCACUGGCAGAAACGUCAGCUGAGCUCAGCUGUGGACUUUGAGGAGGACCUCAAAUGCUCUAUGGAUCCGACCAAGAAUAGAAACCUGAUCAAAAUCUCCAACCUCAGUGACCCAUAUGGCAUGAACUGCAGCGAGUUCAAGGAGCAAGCAUUGGAGGUCCACCGUGGUGAAAGGGUCGUCAUCAACUGUGACACCAGGCAGCGAGGAAUAACAGUCAGAGAAUGGGUGACACCUAGAUUUGAGCGUGUUCCCUCAGAAAAUGAAAACAGCACCAUAACUCUGCUGACCAAUGGAAGCCUGAAGAUUGAUAACAUCACUGUUGAAGAUAUGGGCCCAUAUACCUGUUAUGCAGUAAGCCAGGUGUUCAAUGAGACCCUCUACGUACAUGUCACAGUCCAUAAUUAUACUGUGCAUGGGAUCCCAGACACGCUUAAUACAGCCUACACCACACUAGUGGGCUGUAUCCUAAGUGUCAUCCUUGUGCUCAUCUACCUUUACCUGACCCCAUGCCGUUGCUGGUGCCGCAACAGUGAGAAGCAGGCCAACCAACAGGAGGACAGUAUCAACUCCUCGAUGCUCAGCACCACUCCCAAUCACAAUGCUGAAGGGACUGGAGGCAAGGAAGGAUUGAACCGCCACAUGGCACCAAGCAGUACACAAGGCCAGAAUGGCAAAUGCAAGCCCAACUGCUCCCCCAAACAGGUGGCUAAAGGGACCCACAAGGCAGAGAGGAAAAUGUCAGACCCAGACUCCGUCAGCUCAGUCUUCUCAGAUACUCCCAUUGUGGGAGCCUCACAGAGCGAAGGAGGGAGAGGAGGUGGAAGAGACAAGGCAGGGGCAGAAUUGGUGGGGCUGCUGUGAACAUUCUGGCCACAGAGGAGAUAAGUGGAAGGAGGUCCACAUCCUUAAAGCAUAACUAGUCUUGUCUGGUACUUUUCUCCAAUCUACCAUGCUGUUUUUCUCUUCUUGCCAAACCCAGAUUCCAGUGCUGAAAACCUAGUGUUCCAGUCUGUUCUUGAAGCACAGCAAUUCCUGAGCGCUCGGAGUUCGGAAUGACAAUGUUUUUCAGUUCCCUGUCGUUGGAACUUUGCAAAUGUCCCAUUGAGACACACAGAGGCACAGUGUCAGUGAUCCAGCAGACAACUAGGUUUUCUGUUCACUGUUUGCAUACCACCUGCAAUGGUUCUUCCCCCCUAAGCACCUGUGCAGGUAUGAAUUCCUGAAGAGCAGCUCUCUUUGUUGCAACAGAAAUUGUCACCUUAAAGGCAAACAAAGUUACUGUGGCAUAAGCUUACAUAAGCAGCAGCUUAUUUCACCAGAUGCAUGAAGUGGUCCUAAAAGCAAUACUUGUAGCCAUUCCUCAUGCAAAUCAAUCCAUAUGGUAUUGUGAAAAAGUUACUUUUUUAAACAGCUCAAUAAUAUUUUUUUUAAUGCUACUUAACCCCACACACACACACACACACAGAGAGAGAAAAUGAAGGUUUCCACCACGCCAAGUUUCUCAAGACAUGGUUCAGAACAUUGUCUAGCAAGCAGGGCCCCCUGUUUUGGAAGCCUCUGAGCCCCCCCCCCCUUUCUUGCACAAUGAAAAACAUUAAAAUUGAAAGUGUGGAAACAUGGCAGAGGAAGGAGAUAGUCAUACAGUCUUUUCACUGAAGAGCUCUGUAAAAAGGACUUAAAUCUGAAUAUAGCAUCAUGGCAUCAAACUGCAAGACAGAACGAAGAGUCCUGAGAAUUGGUAAGCUGGAAUUCCAUCUUCCACCCUGCUUGCUCUGGGACAUGGCAGAGACAAGGACAUGGCAUGGCAUGAGCCAAAUCGGCCACUUUCCCCUCUCCGCUCUUUGUUUGGCAGCUUAACAGUCAGAUUCCCAUCACUAAUUACAGUCAUGAUAUGUGAAAGCAGAAGCGGGUUCCAGCACAGCUCCCACCCUUGCAGAUCUGCAGCAAGUCUGGAGACUGGGAGGUUUUUUAGAUUUGGGAAAUCCUGAAGCAUGUUGGCAGCAGCCUCAUCAUCUUCUAGAAGCUCUUCUUGCUAGGUUAACUGUGUUAGGAGACCAAGCAUGCUGCAAACUCUGGUGCUUGGUGGGGAGAGGGAAGUUUAACACCAAGUCCAACAAAGCAGCUAAAGUCAAGGAGUCACACACCAGUCAUCUUCUCAGCAACCACAUGUAGCAGCACUUCUGGCUACACAGAGCCCUUCCUGGAGUGUGCUAGUGCUGCCUUCUGAACUCCCUCCUAAGACAUACACCACUCUGUGUGGUUCCUUCCUAGUGUUUGGGUUUAAAAACAAAAUUAUUAUUUUGAAUUUCUUCCUCCCUGGGUUUAUCCUUCUUUCUCAGGGAGUGAGAUUUACUAUAGCAAGAGCAGAGAGGAGGCACCAGAGCAGCCGCUUGAAGACAGGAGGACUGGUUUUGAGGAAGUCAGGGUGGCUCGGCUGCUUUCCCACUAACUCCACGAGAAUAUGAGAGAAUCAGUCCCUCUACUAAAUGAUGAGGAUCGCACCUGCUGGGUCUCCUUAUGCGAUAUUCAGAAUGAGCUCACCUGAAGCCAUUCACAAGCACAUGCGGCUAGAAGGUCCCUGUGCAAGGCAAGUAACUUGCCCCUGUUGCCAUUCUGCAAGUCCCCACAGGGGAGACGGAAUCCCUGGCUGACUCUGCCCAGCUCAGAAUAAUCCAUUCGGCAUGGCUGGUUUUGAGAAAGCCAAGGAGGGGGGCUUCCAAGGAAGAGUUUCCGACACAUGACCUUGCAGAGGUUUACACCUGAUCUGUAUUCCGGCCAGCUGAUGUAUCUGUUGUCUGCAGAGAAGAGUGGGAAAUGAAAGGGCGGGGGUGAGGUCAGGGGGUCUGUGAUGUGUCGGGCUAGGUGGAUAUGACACAUUAAGCCAUAGAAUGUAUUGCACAAAGCUGUGAAUGGUCCUGAGCAGUUAACAUUCCUGAAGAGCAGUGCUCUGGGCCAUAGCCAUAUGCUCACAGCCCUGGGGCUCUUUCUCCUCGGCCCAUGAGGCACUCGCCCAAGAAUUGUCAGAGCCCAAAGUGAAUACUAAACCAGCUGCAAGAGGGAAGUGCAGCUGACCGGCCCUGACUAGCUCUGAGACUUUCAGUCGUUUUCCCUGGCAUGAAGCAGGAGUCCAAGAGAAAACAUGCCUGCUAGCCACGUGAGGCAGAGGAAGGGGAGGCUGAGGCAUUAACAACAACAACAAGAGAAAUAAACAGAAAGAAUUGUAUUGGGAAUGGUGAAAGCAGGGAGGGUUUAGUCAUAAUGGAAGAGGAUGACUGACAGAUUUUUGUGAAUCUACGGUUAAAUUCUGGUUCAUGUAGAGUCAGGGAGGUUGCCUUGUUUUGAACCCCCUUCCCCAUAUCCUGCAGUAAAUCGGCUUGCUAAAAUUCCCAGGCACCACAGGAGCAAAAUCAGAGCUAUUAAUUAAUAAUGAAAAGGGCAGGUCGACAAUUUUCGCAUGCAUGUUGACUGAAUGGGGAAAUAUACCAACCGGAGAUUGCUUUGAUGUACAUUCAAACAAAAUCUACGACCUUGUACUAUAAAAGUGCAGACUACCUAUUUAUUAACACCAGGACUUUAAUCAACUCAGUCUGCUUUGAAGCUGUUAUACUUCUAGGAGCGAGAUAACAAUAUGGGAGUAGGGAGCUCUCUUUGCUAUCCCAUGGCUUCAUUGCUGCUUAAACCUUUUGCUUCUUUGAUAGGAAAGAGCCAUGCUGCAGUUCAUAAAGAUGGCACAGACUGCAGUCUAGCAGAAAGAUGGGGAGGAAUUAACCUCUCCCAUCCCCAGUCCUUUUUGUAUGGGAAGAAAGGAGCUGGAAUAUACACAGCCAGUUUACAGCCAGAAUGUACACAGACCUCAAGUCCGUGGUUGAAGGGAGGCAGAAAUGCAAUGCAGCACAGCUACAUCUCUGUGCAUGCAUGCAUGCUUGCGCACACUUUUGUACCAGCUCAGUACUGAUGCUCACAAGCAUGUGUCCAUCACAUUUAACACUUGGUAUAUAUGAAGCUGCCUUGUAGUGGGUCAGACCAUUUGUCCAUUUAGUCAGGUACUGUCAACUAGUAUUAGCUGGCACUCUUUCCAACUGAGAAAGACAGAGAUCCCUUAAGUGGAGAUGCCUCCAGAGAUUGAAUUUAGAACCUUGUGCAUGUCAAACAAGUGCUAAAGUGUGCCGUCAAGUCAAUUUCGACUCCUGGCACCCACAGAGCCCUGUGGUUUUCUUUUGGUAGAAUACAGGAGGGGUUUACCAUUGCCUCCUCCCACACAGUAUGAGAUGAUGCCUUUCUGCAUCUUUCUAUAUUGCUGCUGCCCAAUAUAGUACCAGCGGGGAUUCGAACCGGCGACCUUCUGCUUGUUAGUCAAGCACUUCCCCACUGCAUACAUACUUUGAUUUAGCGAACUCUUAACAGGCUUUACCUCCUGUUCUCACUGAGUGAGGGAGUGUAGCCUUUAAAAAGCCAUACACACCCAUACUCAUUGCCUGUGUAAGCCCUCUCGCUGUCUUCUCAGGGUUCCUCAGUCUGCCAAAGAUCCCACAACUACUUCUCUAGGAAGCAGAACAGAGGACUCUGGAUGACUCCAUUGAACAUUGUCCUCCUCCUUCUGCUCCUCCACAUGGAAAUAGCCUGACAGUGUAAGGCAGGAAGCCUGUAACUUUAGACACCAGAAUAUGUAACAGGAGCAGCUCCUACUGGGUCCUUGAUAAAGUGUCAGUUAAAUAGCCUUGGAAAUAUCACUCGGCAGUUUGGCUUUAGUGAAAUAUGUGGAAGAGCACUGGGGGAUCCCAGGAGAGUGCUGCCUGGCAGAGGAGUAAGGUGGGAUCGGUAUCUCUGAAAGGCCCAAGGCAUUACAGCUGGCUGGUGCCUAACCAGAUAAUAUCAGCCUAUUCCACUCACAGCUGAUGCACACACAAAAAGGUUGUUGGAUCAUUUGUUUCUUCCUCAUCUAAAAGCCACUCUUGGAUCCAGUGCAUGUAUAAUGCUAGCCAUCCCUUAACCACAGCGUAAUGCUAGCCAUCCCUUAAUCUGCUAACUUGGCAAAGAGGCACUUUUUUAAAUGUGGUGAUUCUCUUUAUUUAGCAGGGGGAGAGUAACUGGGCCUCUCCACCACCAGCACAGUACCCCCAGUGACUGUUGCUGGUGUCUAUCUUAUGUUUCUUUUUAGACUGUGAGCCCUUUGGGGACAGGGAUCCAUCUUAUUUAUUUAUUAUUAAUCUGUGUAAACCACCCUGAGCCAUUUUUGGAAGGGCAGUAUAGAGAAAUAAAUAAAUAAAUAAAUCCCUUUCCCUGCCCUUUUCCCAGCCUGCCCUUAACUAUGGUUUGAUGUUAUGCCUGCACCAUGACCCUGCUCACCCAGCAUAUAACAAAGCAUAUUUAAUCUUAUAUGUUUAUUUAUUUUUUAUUUUAUGUUUAUUUAUUAUUUUUUAUCACAUUUGUACACCGCCCCAAACUUUCAUCUCUGGGUGGUUUACAGUGUAUGUUGUAUAUGCAGUGUGGCGGAUGGGAGGGUUAUCACUUCUCCCAUCCCAGUGCUAGACCUCUAUGGAAUCUAGAUAAUACAGCCAUCAUUAGCCUACUGACUGGAAAGUUAAUGCCAUCAAAAUUAAUAGGACUUACUUCAGAGAAAAUGCGUUUAGGAUGAGUGCAUGAAAUAAUACAAUUGCUUCUCUUUCAGAAAUCUAACAUGUGGGACCAAGCUUUCCCCCCACCUCCAAAAAUGUCCCUUCUGUGCCCCCCCCCAAUACUUUUUCUGGUGCCACCACGAAUGUGCUGUCUCCCAGGUAAAGAGCUCCAAUUCGGCUUCCUAGCUGCACAUUGCUCAUGCUAACCGCUUUGGGACCAAGGCUUUCAUUCUACUCUCUGAUUGCUCAAACCGUCUCUUGUAUCCUUCUUGGUCAGAGCAGUGGACUCAAAUAGCUCACAGGAGGAAGGACCAUCUCUCCUUGCUCUUGUCCCACAGAUGGAUAUUGUGCCUCAUCAAUAAUUACUAAGGUGACCUUUUAUUCCGUCUAAACUGCACAGUCAGAAUGGAAGCCACCCACACGGUUUCCCUGUUGUAAAUGGUUAGCUGGUGGCUAAAGGAAGGAUCUGCCUGCUCUCCACACAGUGCCAGAACCACCCAUCUCUCAGAAAACCACCUGCGUGCACCUGCUGUCUGUAUGCAAGAUGCAUAGGGUCCCCACUGAGAAUGUAAAUAUGCUUCGGGAACUGGAAGCAACAUUCAGAUUACGCUGCCAGGAAAGAACUCUCCUCUUUCCCAGGGGUGAGUGCUGCACCAAAGAAGCAUAUAUUUAAUGGAGGCAGAGACAACAAUCCCAAAGAGCAUCUGGGCUGCAUUUCUGUGUCGGGUAAUCUGUAGUCUCCAGCAUAGACAUAGGUGACAAUAAAACAAGUUUCAAGAAUGUG